AUGUAUAGUCAUGUCAGAGACCGCAGGAUUUAUGGCGACGUCUUACCACCCUCCAUUGAGAUUAAAAGGGACACCAACCAGCUCGCUAGGGUCUUUUGCAGGCAGUACAGAAAGGUGACAAGGAUUGAUGUGCUUGACAAACUGCCAGAGAAUUAUCCUCAGUACUGCCGCGAAAGGAGCGCUAUAAAGGAAAUUGUAUUCGCGGAUGACAUUCUGGCUACAGUGUACUCUGCAUGUUGCUCUAGAUAUUCACCUACAGAACAAGAUCGGGAGUUGCCCGCGCAUUUGACUUGGUUAUUUCAAGAUUUACAUGGAAAACGUGCAGUUUGGAAAUUUUAA